AGACCAAUUUGGAACAGUUUUCGUCGAGCUCCGUGAAAAUUCUCGAUUCUCGAUUCACAAGUCGCAAAAAGCCAGGGGAUUUUUCUUCACCCUUUUAGUGAAACGGAGAAACGUGUUGCAGUCACAUCAAACACGAUCCGGAGAAUCCGCCCUCCGGAGUUUUCCGAAUGAUCUAUGGAACCUUCGAUCAUCUACGCCCACGUUUGGAGUUCUUUUGGUGACAAGAUGGCUGCCAUAAAUCCAUCAACUCACUGAGUAAAUCACACACACGUAUGCCCCGCCCCCCCUCCAAGUAAUUAAAAGCCGGGCGGCAUUGUUUUUGGGGGAGAGAGUAUUUCCGUUACAUCAACAAGAUAAGAUAGGUGAUCAUCACAAGAGGAUCAUCGCAGAAGCACCAGGAGAAGCAUCACCAUCACCAUCAUCGGCAUCCGAUUGCGAUCGGAGUGGAGGCGGAGUGGUGGAUCACUUCAAAGGCACACACAUGUUGCACUAAAGAGGCAACUGUUGUUGUUUCCAUUAUAAAUUAGAAACUAGAAGAUCAUCGAUCUUCUUCCGGCGCAAGAGCGAAAAAAGCAGAAGGGAGAGCACUGCAUAUAGAGCGGAGUACUCUAAAGUGGAUUUCCGGUGAAUAAAAAACCACAGAACACAGCACACAGCAUACAGCACAUGCGACAAACUCCUCCGGCAACGGAGUUGUGGCAGUUGCAGUUGCACUUUUGAGGGUGCCGUUGUGUGUUUUGUGCCCCCGCCGCAAGAGUUACAAAAAUAAAUAUCCUAAAAAUGGCUGCUGCCUGGAGUUGGCGUGCCAGUCACUCAACGAUCACAAUGACGAGCAGUUCGCUGGCGAUAUUGGUGCUGCUGCUGAUGUGGCAACCACUGUUGCAAGUCGAGGCGCGCCGCCAAAUGGCCAACAGUCAGGAGGUGCAAAAGGAUUCCCCAAGCGGAAGGCCAAGCAAACCGACAAGUAAUCAAACAGCAAUGGAUUUUGAUGAUGGCACUGGAGAUGAUGAUGAUAACAAACCGGAUCAGCCGGAUCUGCCGGAUUUGCCGGAGAAGAAUAAUACAAUGCCCACCUGGCGGCAUCCCAAGAAGAUGAGUGUUCUGCAGACGCGACCCUCGGGCUCCCUGCUCGCCUUAAGCUGUCACGCUCUGGGGAAACCCGAUCCCAAUAUCACUUGGUAUCGCAAUGGAACCGCCGAUUGGGCUCGUGGUUAUGGGACUGUCAAGAGGAAUCGCUGGACAUUGAUAAUGGAGGAUCUGGUGCCGGGUGACUGUGCCAACUACACCUGCAAGGUGUGCAAUCCCCUGGGUUGCAUUUACCACAACACACAGUUGAUCGUGAGCGAUCGAGUCAACCAUCGACCCAUCUCAAUUGUCACUCCCUCGAAUCUCACACUCGUGGUGAAUGGAAGUGGCAAGAUGGAGUGCAAGUACCUCUCGGAUUUGACCAGCAAAAAAGCGUGGAUCUUUGUGCCCUGCCAGGGAGUGACCAACUGCUCGAACAACCGAUCGAUAAUCGCCGAGGAUCAGGAUCAGCUGGAGUUCGUGAACGUCACGAUGGAACAGGAGGGCUGGUACACCUGCAUCGAAAGCAACAGCUUGGGUCAAUCGAAUACCACGGCGUAUUUGAGAGUAGUGAGAAGCCUCAAGGACUUGGAGGUGGCCGGUGUUGCCACUGGUUCGCUUCAUUCGACCUUCUUCGUGUACAUCUUCAUCGUUUGCGGAUUAAUUUUCAUCAUCAUGACCACCUUGUUUGUCUUCUAUGCCAUUCGCAAGAUGAAGCACGAGAAGGUGCUGAAACAGCGCAUCGAAACCGUACACCAGUGGACCAAAAAGGUGAUCAUCUUCAAGCCCGAAGGUGGCGGAGAUUCCAGUGGUUCCAUGGACACCAUGAUCAUGCCGGUAGUCAGGAUACAAAAGCAGCGGACAACUGUUCUUCAGAACGGCAAUGAACCGGCUCCGUUUAAUGAGUACGAAUUCCCGCUGGACUCGAAUUGGGAACUUCCGAGAAGUCAUCUCGUUUUGGGUGCCACUUUGGGCGAAGGUGCCUUUGGACGAGUGGUCAUGGCGGAGGUUAACAAUGCCAUUGUGGCCGUGAAAAUGGUGAAGGAGGGCCACACGGACGACGACAUCGCCAGUUUGGUGCGUGAAAUGGAGGUGAUGAAGAUCAUCGGCCGCCACAUCAACAUCAUCAACCUGUUGGGCUGCUGCAGUCAAAGUGGACCACUCUACGUAGUCGUUGAAUAUGCACCCUAUGGCAAUCUCAAGGACUUCCUCUACAAGAAUCGACCCUAUGGCAGGGAUCAGGAUUGUUCCCAACCGCCGCCAUCGCCACCUGCUCAUGUGAUCACCGAAAAGGAUCUGAUCAAGUUCGCCCACCAAAUCGCCAGGGGAAUGGAUUACCUUGCUUCACGUCGCUGCAUCCACCGAGAUUUGGCCGCCAGGAAUGUGCUCGUCAGCGAUGAUUAUGUACUGAAGAUAGCUGAUUUUGGUUUGGCGAGGGACAUCCAGAGCACGGAUUACUACAGGAAGAACACGAAUGGAAGGCUGCCCAUCAAAUGGAUGGCACCGGAGUCCCUGCAGGAGAAGUUCUACGACUCGAAGAGCGAUGUCUGGUCAUAUGGUAUUUUGCUGUGGGAGAUCAUGACCUAUGGACAGCAGCCGUAUCCAACGAUCAUGUCCGCGGAGGAGCUCUACAGUUAUCUGAUGUCCGGUCACCGGAUGGAGAAGCCGGCGAAGUGCUCCAUGAACAUCUACAUACUCAUGCGACAGUGUUGGCACUUUAACGCCGACGAUCGGCCGCCUUUCACGGAAAUCGUCGAGUAUAUGGACAAGUUGCUGCAGUCGAAGGAGGAUUAUCUGGAUGUGGAUAUUGCCAAUCUGGACACCCCGCCAUCAACAAGCGAUGAGGAGGCGGAUGAAACGGAUAACCUGCAAAAGUGGUGCAAUUACAAAACGAGAGGAUAUGCUUUUGAGCCAGCUUAUGAAAAAGAUCAAAUUAUUUGAAAGGGGUUCGCAAAUUAUUAAACUGUUUAAGCUUGACCUAAGAAAAUUCAUUGAAAGAUCUAGGGUUUCCAUAAAAGGAUAUUAAAAAUCAUAAAAUCAUGGGAUACCAUGAAAAACGAAAACAAAACUAUCUGCACUCGAAUUUAUGUAUAUAGCUCUCAUGUAAGUCUGUAUAUCCCUAAGAUCCCUAAAAUACACCAAAGGCGUGAAACCAAAAACUAGAAAGCAGCUCGAAUUUAAACCAACUAUAGAUUUUAUUUAAAACAUAUUAUAGGUUGCACUUUAGAAACUAGUAUGCAUAUGAAUAAGUUUGGCUUAAGACUCGGUUGUAUUGCUGUUGUAUUUCGUAUUGUACUGAUCUUUGUAGUAUUUGCAGUUUUAUACUCGCUAAAUUAUACUCGUAGCUCAUAAGCACAACAAUGUUCUAUCUUAGAGUUAGUUGCAUGCCCGCAGUGCCUUAUGAAACAAUAAAUGUUGUACGUACAUA